AUGUUCCGACCCAGAGGAAACGCUGGGCAGGCUAGACCUACUGGAGCACCAGCCGCAGAAGAUACUCAUCAGCCAAACUUCCAUUCUGCAAGACAUGGCGUAGAGCCAAACGCCUCUGCUGCGCCAACAUCUAGAGCCGCUCGGCAGACCAUGUUUCACCCGGUAGCAUCAGCCUCUCGGCUUGCUCAUCAAGACGUGCUUCAACCUGUCUCUCAGCCAACGAACAAUGCUGGGGCAAACCGCACAAUUUCUACACAAACAUUCCACAGACCACCGAGAUUCUUAUCAUCAGCGAGAGGAAACCCUGAGCCCAUAAAUGCCCCUGCCGCAUCGACGUCUCGUGCUACACAAUCAGGAGCUCGACUUGUCGAUACCAUUGAAUCUGAUGACACGCCCCCUCUGCCGGCGAAUGCUUCUGCUGCGUCGCAAAUUGAGUCCGAUGACACACCUUCUCUGCUGGCGGCUGUUUCUUCUGCGUUGAAGUCUCACAUCAUAAAACCUGCAUCUCGACUCGCCGAUAGCAUUGAAUCUGAUGGCACACCUCCUCUGCUGGCGAAUGCCCCUGCCACAUCGGCAUCUCGUGUCAGACGACCUGGAGCUCGACUGAUUGAUAACAUUGAAUCCGACAGCACAUCUCCUCUGCCGACGAAUGCUUCUGCCACAUCGGCAUCUCACAUCAUAAGACGUGCCUCUCCAAUUCUUCAGAGCAUUGAGUUCGAUGCUCCGCCUCCUCUACCAACAUCUCGCAAGACCCGGCGACCCAUGCUCCAGCUUUUAAGAGAGGCCGACCCAGCUAAUUCUGAGCCCGUAAACAUCCUCUCCCACUCAGCGGCUCGCGGCCCUCUGCCAUUGCCGUUGCCAGAUAGGACAGAGACUGGACGACCUACUGCGCCAACCACAUCAACAUCUCGUGUCACAUAUCAGACCGUACCUCAGCCCGUGAGAAACGCCAGGCCAAGUCGUAUGCCUACCGCGUCAACAUCGCGAAUGGUCCAGCAGCCCACGCUUCAGCCCACGCCUCAGUCUACAAGAAAUGCUAUGCCAGCUCAUGCCUCCACCACCCCAACAUCAAGGAUAGUUGUACAGCCUACGAUUCCGCCUACAAGAACUUUCCCAACUCAAAAUCCCUCUGCCUCGUCAUCUCGUACCUCUAAACAGCAUGCAUUCCGCCCCGUGAAAAGCACUGCGGCGCCAGUAAACACUCCUGUUUCAUCAACCUCUUCUUCCAUCCUCGAGUUCAUUUGUCUAUAUUCACAUGAUCUCCGCCGCAAGAAGAAGAGAUGGCAAGACGGAAAGCUCAAGUUCCACACCUUUAACAAAAAAUACGUAGUGUAUGACGAUGGCGGAGGCUUCGUUGGCGAUGGACAUUGGCAAGGAGAUGAGGGCGAAUUUACAGAGGGCCUCGAGAUGAACCUCGAUCGAGGUAUGGUCAUUGUACAACUCUUAGAGUGCACGGGUUCCAAGGAGCAGGACCUGGGGAAGGUUCUGGGGAAGAGGGCGAGGGAGGUGGAGGAAAGGCGUGUCAAUGCUGCAGCCAAGAACCCAGCAUCAACAGCUUCGUCGAACCCGGCGAAGAGGAGCAGAGGAACCGCGGCGGUGGUGCAGGCGGCACCGGCCCCCGUUGUCCCUGCCGCCGCCGCCACCAUCGCCACCAUCACCACCGCCGCAGUUCCUCGUCCCAGCAACGGGGGGGCAUGGAGCAAGCAUGCCGUGGAUUUGCUAGGUAUGACUCGGCCACGUAGAUAA